AUGGGAGAGCAGGAAACAACCCCUCCAGAAGGCAGGCCCUCAGAUAGCCUUUCUGACAGAAACAUUAUACUCACCUGCAGCACAAGAGAAGAAGCAUCUAUUCCCUACAGUAUUUUAAGCGAAAGCAGCAUUCUGAAGAAGAUCAUAGACACUUCCGCGUUUAAAGAGUCUUCAGAGUCUGGGAUAAAUUUGCCCAUUUCCCACGCGAGCCUAAAAAGAGUCGUUGAGUAUUUGUGGUACAAGCACAAGUACGGGCGAGAGUCUGGGAAUGUGGAGGACUUUAAAAUUGAAGAUAGUGAAGCCCUGGACCUGCUUGAAGUCUCUUCUUUUUUGCGGCUGUAG